AUGGCUCCCACAAUGUGCGCACCUGGGGCGAAGGAUAUCGCCGCCGAUCUCCACAUCACCUCUACAGUUGUCAGCACGCUCACUGUAACAAUCUAUGUUCUCGGUAUUGCAAUUGUCCCCAUGUUCAUGUCACCAUUGAGUGAGAUGUAUGGUCGGGUGCCCGUUUACCACACUGCCAUGGCCAUAUUUGUCACCUUCAUCAUCGGUAAUGCUUUGAGCAAGACCACCGCCCAAUUCAUGAUCUUUCGAUUUAUCUCGGGAUGUGCAGGCGGCACUCUGAUGGCAUUGGGUGGGGGAACCAUUGCAGACCUUACCAGCGUGCAGCAACGCGCGGUAGCGAUGGCAUUGUUUAGUAUGGGUCCACUUGCUGGGCCAGUGCUCGGUCCCGUCAUUGGGGGCUUUGUAGCGGCCGAGAGGAAGGCCGCUUCUCUGCGGGCUAGUACGGGGAAUCUCAAUUGGCGCUCGAAAUUGGACAGCACCUUAUCGCCCCGCCAAGUCCUCCUGCAGGUCCUGGUCUGCCCGGUAAUGCUCCUUGUGCGGUCGCCCAUUCUCUUCGUGAUAUCCCUUUACGUAGCCCUGGUGUUUGGUGUGACGUAUCUGCUCUUCACCACAUUCAUCAGUGUAUUCGAGGGCCAAUAUGGAUUCUCAACCUCCAUUUCGGGGCUCACAUAUCUCGGACUCGGUGUGGCGCUAGUGAUUAGCAUGGUGCUUUUCAACUUGCUGAACGGUCACGUUAAGGCCGCACGCAUGAAAGCUGAUGGCGUGCAGCAACCCCGGCCUGAGUAUCGUCUUCUUCUCAUGGUCUAG